UCUCUGCCGCUCCAGGCUGUCCUGGGUGCAGCCUCAUGGCUGGGGGCAUCACCUAUGCUGACCUGCGGUUUGCAAGAGGCCCUCCGGAGAAAAGCCAGGGGGAAGAGCCCAACGAGGGGGAGCUCACCUAUGAGAACCUCCAGGUAUCCCGGGGCCUGGAGAAAGAGGUGGCAGAGUGUGGCCCCCAGAAGAGUGUCCCAGAGCUGCCAUGCUGGGCCACCUCUUGCCACUGCUGGAGGCCAGUGACAAACCGCCCCAUGCUGGGAGUCCUGGCUCUGUGCCUCUUCCUUCUGGCCACCAACAUUGCGCUUGGCGUGGAGUACUUGCAGGCCUCCCGGCAGCUCCAGGAAGCGUCUCGCGAGCACGCAGCCAAGAGCCACGUCCUGGGAGAAAGUGCCCACCGCCUGCAAGCCGGCCUGGAGGAGAGCCGGCGCCUGCUGCGCCUGACCGAGCAGGAGCUCAACUCCACCAAGCAGGAGCUCAACUCCACCAAGCAGGAGCUCGAGCUCAACUCCACCAAGCAGGAGCUCAACUCCACCACGGUGGCCCUUUGGCAGAGCCGGGCGGCCGGGAACCAGACCCGGCGGCAGCUGCAGCGCCAGGAGCUCCAAGCCAACCACAGCCUGGCUCUUCUGCGGAGGGAGCAGGCGAGCCUGGAGACCAACCUCAGCCAGGCCACCUCCUGCCGGCAGAUUGGGUGCUGCCCCCGCGGAUGGACGCUGUUCCGCUGGAAGUGCCUGCGGGCGUCGAGCGAGUGGAAGACGUGGGAGCGGAGCAAGGCGCACUGCGAAGGGAUGUCCUCGCGGCUCCUGGUCCUCCCGGAGCCCUGGUCGGCGGGAGAGCUCUGGAAGGCCGUGGGCGAAACGUUCACCCAGACAUAG